AUGUACAAAGGAAUAUAUUUGAAUGAAUUAGAGCAAUUGUUUUGAAGAAAUGAUUUUCAGAAAAUUUAUAAACAGUAUUACAGCGAACGUGUUGGCGAAUGGACCACAGUUAAGAUUCAUGUCUACAAUGAAGAACGAAAAAAUUGGUAUCAUAGGCAGUGGCCUCAUCGGACGCGCCUGGUCCAUGCUAUUCGCCUCUGUCGGCUACAAAGUGAUGCUGUACGACAUAUUGCCCGAGCAGACGAGCAAUGCAUUGAAAGAGAUUGAGAAGGAACUGCAUGCGCUGCAUGCAAAAGGCGCACUUCGUGGCACACUCAGUCCAGCUGAGCAGUUUAGCUCCAUCAGUAUAACCACGGACAUCGGUGAGCUGGUGAGCAACGCCAUCUAUCUGCAGGAAUGCAUACCGGAACGUCUUGAAUGGAAGUGUGCGCUCUAUACACAGUUGGCCGACAUAGUGUGCGCCGAGACGAUAAUGGCCAGCUCGACGAGCACUUAUAUGCCGUCACUUUUCAGUGAACAAAUGAAAGCGUGCCGUGAGAAUGUGGUUGUUGCGCAUCCACUGAAUCCACCGUACUACAUACCGCUUGUUGAAAUUGUGCCCGCAUCUUGGACCAAAGCCGCGGUGGUGACACGCACACGUGAACUCAUGCUUGAGAUUGGACAAAAACCGGUGACACUGACGAGAGAGAUCGAGGGUUUUGCCACAAAUCGCAUACAAUACGCGAUACUAAAUGAAGUCUGGCGCUUGGUGGCAGAUGGUGUGGUGAGUGUGGUUGAUGUGGAUCGUGUUGUGACUGAGGGUUUGGGACUGCGUUAUGCGCUACUCGGGCCGCUCGAGACGGCUCACUUGAAUGCCGAUGGUGUGGCCGACUAUUUUCAACGUUUCGGCGCUGAAGUUUAUGCUGUGAGUCAGACUUAUGGUCCAACGCCGAAGAUGGAGGCCGGUGCGACUCUGUCGAAGAUUGCCGCCGAAUGUGAGGAAAUGGUGCCGAGAACGCAAUUGCAGACACGACGUGCGCAACGCGAUCGCUUUUUACGUGAGCUGUGCACGCUCAAAAAGCAGUUGGAGUAGCACAGAACGGAGCGCAUAACGGGUUUGAAUGUUAAUGUUAUUGCUGAUUCUUUCAAUUUUUUUAUUAAAAUCGAAUAAGAAAUUAAUAUACAACAAACGAGGGGAUGAUAUUAUGGAUUUUUAUUUUAUUAAAUGUCAAAAUAGCUAUUUUUGCAUACAUGUUUGUCAGUCAACCACCAA